AUGAAUAGAUUAUUUAAAAGAAAUUAUUGUAAAAUAGUUAAAGAUAAUUAUAGAGAAUGUGCACCACCGAAAUUUAAAUUUUUUAAAGAUACAAUAUUUAAUUUAUCAAGUGGUGUGGGGAAGAGUGGUGUUGCGAUUGUCAGGGUUUCAGGACCAGAUUCAAAAUUGGUGUUGAAAGAGUUAACAAAAAAAAGCAAUAUAGAACCUAAAGAAAGAUUAGCUACACUUAGUACUUUUUAUCAUCCAAAAACAAAUGAACAAGUAGAUAAAGGUAUUUUUGUUUGGUUUCCAUCACCCAAUAGUUUUACAGGUGAAGAUGUGGUAGAGUUUCAUAUACAUGGUGGUAGAGCUGUAAUUUCAGAGACAUUGGAUGCAAUAUCAUCAGUAGACGGUACAAGACCAUCAGAACAGGGUGAGUUUACAAGAAGAGCAUUCGAAAAUGGUAAAAUGGAUUUAACACAAAUUGAAGGUUUAUCUGAUUUAUUAGAUGCAUCAACAUCAUAUCAAAAAAAGAUAGCAUUAAAGCAAAUGCAGGGUUCUAUAGGUCAAUUUUAUUUUAGUUUAAGAAAAGAUUUAAUUAGAGCAUCUGCCUAUAUGGAAGCAUUUAUAGAUUUUGGUGAUGAUGCUGAAAUUGACAACGAAACUGUAGAACAAUCUAAACGAUCCAUUAUAGCGAUUAGAGAUAAAAUUCAAGCCCAUUUAGAUGACGGAAGAAGAGGCGAGCGUUUAAGAGACGGCGCUAGCAUUGCUAUUGUUGGUCCACCCAAUUCUGGUAAAAGCUCAUUAAUUAAUUUACUCUCAAAUAGAAAAGCAUCAAUCGUUUCACCAAUAGCAGGUACAACAAGAGAUAUAGUUGAGGUAACACUAGAUAUUGGUGGAUAUCCAGUGGUCAUUGGCGACACUGCGGGUUUAAGACUAUCAACAAACGAUAUUAUAGAAAAAGAAGGUAUAGAAAUGGCAAAAGAUAGAUUUAAUCAAUCAGAUAUCAAAUUGUUUUUAUUUGAUUCAAAUCAAUUAUUUAAUUUAGAUAAUAACAGCAAUGAUAACGAACUCGAAAAUUUAUUAAAUUUCAUAGAUAACGAAACAAUAAUAAUAUUUAAUAAAUUUGAUUUAAUAAAAAAUAGCAGUCAAGAUAAAUGGAGCCAACUAAAAUCAAAUAUAUUGGAAAAAAUAAAAACUAAAAACAACUUAACAAAUGUACAAUCAAUUGAAAUAUCAUGUAAUGAAAAUAUAAAAAUUAAAGAAUUAAUAUCACUAUUAAAAUUAAAUUUAAGUAAUAUGUUCGAAAUGAAUGACCAGGAGUCACCAUUAUUAACAAGGGCAAGAUACAAGCAGCAUUUAACAGAAUGUGUUGAAUCGUUGGAUAGAUAUUUAUACUAUUGUGAUGAAGAUAUAGUCAUAGCAUCAGAGGAGUUAAGAAGAGCAUUACUUUCGAUCAGUGCAAUUACCCACCCUGUAGAUUUAAAUGAUUUAUUAGAUGUAAUUUUUAGAGAUUUUUGCAUUGGAAAAUGA